GGCAUUUUCGUAAUUAUUUUGAAAGGCCAGUUUCCUUGGAUUUUGAAGGAUAAUGAUUGUGGAUUUGGCCUGAGGCUAUUCUUCAACGAGGAUUAAGUCCAUCCAGGGCAGAUUUCUUCCGGUUCCAUUUUUGGCAGACUCUAAAGGGGUAACAUCACAGAUUUCGGGCGAUUUUUCCGAAAUGCCAUUUUCUUUCGAUUUUGGAGGCUACAGAUCACGGAUUCGGCUCGAGGCUAUUCUCCACCGAUAAUAAAGUCUAUUGAUCCUAUUCUGCGCCGGUGAUUAAGUCAAUUAAGGACCGAAUUGGGCCAAUAUAUUUUUGGAUGGCAUUUUCGUAAUUAUUUGAGCAAAUAUUUUUUUGAAAGACCAUAUUCCUUUGAUUUUGAAGGAUAAAGUUGGUGGAUUCGGCCUGAGGCUAUUCUUCAACGACGAUUAAGUACAUCCAGGGCCAAUUUGGGCGGAUUUCUUCCGGGUCCAUUUUUGGCAGACUCCAAAGUGGUAACAUCACAGAUUCCGGAUGAUUUUUCCGAAAUGUCAUUUUCUUUCGAUUUUGGAGGCUACAGAUCAUAGAUUCGGCUCGAGUCUAUUCUCCACCGAUAAUAAAGUCUAUUGAUCCUAUUCUGCGCCGAUGAUUAAGUUAAUUAAGCACCGAAUAUGGCCAAUAUAUUUUGGGAUGACAAUUUCGUAAUUAUUUGAGGAAUUUUUUUUUGAAAUGCCAUUUUGCUUGGAUUUUGAAGGAUAAAGAUGGUGGAUUCGGCCAGAGCCUAUUCUUCAACGACGAUUAAGUCCAUCCAGGGCCAAUUUGGGCGGAUUUUUUCCGGGUCCAUUUUUGACAGUCUCCAAAGGGGUACCAUCACUGAUUUCGGGCGAUUUUCCGAAAUCCUAUUUUCUUUCGAUUUUGGUGGCUAUAGAUCACGGAUUUGGCUCGAGGCUAUUCUCCACCGAUAAUAAAGUCUAUUGAUCCUAUUCUGCGCCGGUGAUUAAGUCAAUUUAGCACCGAAUUGGGCCAAUAUAUUUUGGAAGGCAUUUUCGUAAUUAUUUGAGCAAUUUUUUUUGAAAGGCCAUUUUCCUUUGAUUUAGAAGGAUAAAGAUGGUGGAUUCGGCUUGAGGCUAUUCUUCAAUGACGAUUAAAUACAUCCAGGGCCAAUUUGGGCGGAUUUCUUCCGGGUCCAUUUUUUGCAGACUCCAAAGGGGUACCAUCAGAGAUUUCGGGUGAUUUAUCCGAAAUGCCAUUUUCUUUCGAUUUUGUUGGCUACAGAUCACAGAUUCGGCUCGAGGCAAUUCUCCACCGAUAAUAAAGUCUAUUGAUCCUAUUCUGCGCCGAUGAUUAAGUUAAUUAAGCACCGAAUAUGGCCAAUAUAUUUUGUGAUGGCAUUUUCGUAAUUAUUUGAGAAAUUUUUUUUUGAAACGCCGUUUUGCUUGGAUUUUGAAGGAUAAAGAUGGUGGAUUCGGCCAAAGGCUAUUCUUCAACGACGAUAAAGUCCAUACAGGGCCAAUUUGGGCGGAUUUCUUCCGUGUCCAUUUUUUGCAGAAUCCAAAGGGGUACCAUCACAGAUUUCGGGCGAUUUUUCUGAAAUGCCAUUUUCUUUCGAUUUUGGAGGCUAGAGAUCACGGAUUCGGCUCGAGGCUAUUCUCCACCGAUAAUAAAGUCUAUUGAUCCUAUUCUGCGCCGAUGAUUAAGUCAAUUAAGCACCGAAUUGGGCCAAUAUAUUUUGGGAUGGCAUUUUCGUAAUUAUUUGAGCAUUUUUUUUUGAAAUGCCAUUUUCCUUGGAUUUUGAAGGAUAAAGACGGUGGAUUCGACCUGAGGCUAUUCUUCAACGACGAUUAAGUCCAUCAAGGGCCAAUUUGGGCGGAUUUCUUCCGGGUCCAUUUUUGGCAGACUCCAAAGGGGUACCAUCACCAAUUUCGGACGAUUUUUCCGAAAUGCCAUAUUCUUUCUAUUUUGGAGGCUACAGAUCACUGAUUCGGCUCGAGGCUAUUCUCCACCGAUAAUAAAGUCUAUUGAUCCGAUUCUGCGCCGGUGAUUAAGUCAAUUUAGCACUGAAUUGGGCCAAUAUAUUUUGGAAGGCAUUUUCGUAAUUAUUUGAGUAAUUUUUUUUGAAAGGCCAUUUUCCUUUGAUUUCGAAGGAUAAAGAUGGUGGAUUCGGCCUGAGGCUAUUCUUCAACGACGAUUAAGUACAUCCAGGGCCAAUUCGGGGGGAUUUCUUCCGGGUCCAGUUUUGGCAGGCUCCAAAGGGGUACCAUCACAGAUUUCGGGUGAUUUUUCCGAAAUGCCAGUUUCUUUCGAUUUUGGUGGCUACAGAUCACAGAUUCGGCUCGAGGCAAUUCUCCACCGAUAAUAAAGUCUAUUGAUCCUAUUCUGCGCCGACGAUUAAGUUAAUUAAGCACCGAAUAUGGCCAAUAUAUUUUGGGAUGGCAAUUUCGUAAUUAUUUGAGGAAUUUUUUUUUGAAACGCCACUUUGCUUGGAUUUUGAAGGAUAAAGAUGGUGGACUCGGCCAAAGGCUAUUCUUCAACGACAAUUAAGUCCAUCCAGGGCCAAUUUGGGCAGAUUUCUUCCGGGUCCAUUUUUGGCAGACUCCAAAGGGGUACCAUCACUGAUUUCGGGCGAUUUUUCCGAAAUGCUAUUUUCUUUCGAUUUUGGAGGCUACAGAUCACGGAUUUGGCUCGAGGCUAUUCUCCACCGAUAAUAAAGUCUAUUGAUCCUAUUCUGCGCCGAUGAUUAAGUCAUUUAAGGACCGAAUUGGGCCAAUAUAUUUUUGGAUGGCAUUUUCGUAAUUAUUUUGAAAGGCCAUUUUCCUUGGAUUUUGAAGGAUAAUGAUUGUGGAUUUGGCCUGAGGCUAUUCUUCAACGAGGAUUAAGUCCAUCCAGGGCAGAUUUCUUCCGGUUCCAUUUUUGGCAGACUCUAAAGGGGUACCAUCACAGAUUUCGGGCGAUUUUUCCGAAAUGCCAUUUUCUAUCGAUUUUGGAGGCUACAGAUCACGGAUUCGGCUCGAGGCUAUUCUCCACCGAUAAUAAAGUCUAUUGAUCCUAUUCUGCGCCGGUGAUUAAGUCAAUUAAGGACCGAAUUGGGCCAAUAUAUUUUUGGAUGGCAUUUUCGUAAUUAUUUGAGCAAAUAUUUUUUUGAAAGACCAUAUUCCUUUGAUUUUGAAGGAUAAAGUUGGUGGAUUCGGCGUGAGGCUAUUCUUCAACGACGAUUAAGUACAUCCAGGGCCAAUUUGGGCGGAUUUCUUCCGGGUCCAUUUUUGGCAGACUCCAAAGUGCUAACAUCACAGAUUCCGGAUGAUUUUUCCGAAAUGUCAUUUUCUUUCGAUUUUGGAGGCUACAGAUCAUAGAUUCGGCUCGAGGCUAUUCUCCACCAAUAAUAAAGUCUAUUGAUCCUAUUCUGCGCCGAUGAUUAAGUUAAUUAAGCACCGAAUAUGGCCAAUAUAUUUUGGGAUGACAAUUUCGUAAUUAUUUGAGGAAUUUUUUUUUGAAACGCCAUUUUGCUUGGAUUUUGAAGGAUAAAGAUGGUGGAUUCGGCCAGCGCCUAUUCCUCAACGACGAUUAAGUCCAUCCAGGGCCAAUUUGGGCGGAUUUUUUCCGGGUCCAUUUUUGGCAGUCUCCAAAGGGGUACCAUCACUGAUUUCGGGCGAUUUUCCGAAAUGCUAUUUUCUUUCGAUUUUGGUGGCUAUAGAUCACGGAUUUGGCUCGAGGCUAUUCUCCACCGAUAAUAAAGUCUAUUUAUCCUAUUCUGCGCCGGUGAUUAAGUCAAUUUAGCACCGAAUUGGGCCAAUAUAUUUUGGAAGGCAUUUUCGUAAUUAUUUGAGCAAUUUUUUUUGAAAGGCCAUUUUCCUUUGAUUUAGAAGGAUAAAGAUGGUGGAUUCGGCCUGAGGCUAUUCUUCAAUGACGAUUAAGUACAUCCAGGGCCAAUUUGGGCGGAUUUCUUCCGGGUCCAUUUUUGGCAGACUCCAAAGGGGUACCAUCACAGAUUUCGGGUCAUUUUUCCGAAAUGCCAUUUUGUUUCGAUUUUGGUGGCUACAGAUCACAGAUUCGGCUUGAGGCAAUUCUCCACCGAUAAUAAAGUCUAUUGAUCCUAUUCUGCGCCGAUGAUUAAGUUAAUUAAGCACCAAAUAUGGCCAAUAUAUUUUGGGAUGGCAUUUUCGUAAUUAUUUGAGGAAUUUAUUUUUGAAACGCCAUUUUGCUUGGAUUUUGAAGGAUAAAGAUGGUGGAUUCGGCAGAGGCUAUUCUUCAACGACGAUUAAGUCCAUCCAGGGCCAAUUUGGGCGGAUUUCUUUCGUGUCCAUUUUUUGCAGACUCCAAAGGGGGUACCAUCACAGAUUUCGGGCGAUUUUUCUGAAAUGCCAUUUUCUUUCAAUUUUGGAGGCUACAGAUCACGGAUUCGGCUCGAGGCUAUUCUCCACCGAUAAUAAAGUCUAUUGAUCCUAUUCUGCGCCGAUGAUUAAGUCAAUUAAGCACCGAAUUGGGCCAAUAUAUUUUGGGAUGGUGACUCACUCCUACUGUCACUCUAGGAAUUGGCUAAGUGUAACCACUUCCUAAAGUGUAGUAUAGCGGGUUUUGGUUUUAAUGUCAACCCGGGUCCUAGAUUUGAUGACUACUCGGUGAAUACUUGUUAUCUAGCAAUGAAACUGUAUUGGAGGUCUAAAUUAACAAACAAGCAAAGCAACUAAACGGUUGUUUUCAGGUUACGAGAGGUCACCCGGAUAUGGUUUCCCCUAGACCGCAGUUAAGCCGGAUUGCAAUUACCAAGUUCAAUUUCUAUGAUAGUUAUACUGCGGAAGGUUCUUAAGCAGUCUGAAGUCUCGACUAAAGGUGUCCAGACCCUCUCAAUCUGAGUCUCUAGCGGGCGACUAACCUCCACCGGAGUAAACAGAUUGAGGCCCUAACGAACAAAACCUCCACUACCGAAGUAAAUUCGGUUCAAAAUAGUGAGUUGGCUCCUCGACUAAAGUCACCAAUUCCCUACCUUCAAUCAAGGAUGCUCUAUCAACCUAGGCAGAUAUUCUCAUUCUAGGUUAAAGCAGGAACAAGAGGAAUUUGAUCAGGAUUCAGGCCAUUCAAUCAUUCAAACCUCAAUUGAAUAUAAUCAAAUCAUAGAAUCAGUACUUGGGUUCAUACAAUCAAACCUAACAUACAAAUCUAGGGUUUCCCGUACCCAGAUGAAUGGGAGAACUACUCCAUGGAGAAAGAAGCAAAAGCAGAUUCAGACGCGGAAAUCAUACUGUGAAGGAUAGAUUUCUGCUCCUGGACGUUGAUCGGCACUCCUCCAAGCUCAAGCCAAGCUCCAAUGGUGAUGAAGAUCAAGCUAGGGCACUUGGGAACUCUUGUUCAUCGAUUUCUCUCUCUAGGAAUCGCUCUGUCUCUCUAAAACUCGAAUCCCCUCCUCUUUUGGCCGAAAUCUGCCUAAAAGGGCAUCACUGGGCAAAACACGGUCGAGGGCACGACCGUGUUCUGCUCCAGCCCGCCCGUGCCCUUGCCACGUGGUAAAUACACGGCCAGCCUUUGGGGAAAACACGGCCGUGUUUGAUGAUGGACACGGCCGUGUUCUGGAUCAGUCCCGCCCGUGUUUUGAGCUAGUGUUUGUCAGUCUUGGAUCAAGCCUCGGCAGUAAAAACACGGUCCAGGAAUACGGCCGUGUUUUGUUUUAGGCGUGCCCGUGUUUUGGCUCCGGCUCGACCGAAUGACUUCCGAAUGCCUCGAAACUCGUGCUUAGCCUUUCCUUCGACGUCUGGGACCUGACAUAUGACAAAGUAGCACAACCCGGCGUAAAAUAGGCAAAAAAUACACGACUAUGCCCCUCAAACGGAUAAGAACUAAGGGUACAAAUAUGUGCAAUUACAUCGUUAUCAGAUGGCAUUUUCGUAAUUAUUUGAGCAAAUUUUUUUUUUGAAAUGCCGUUUUCCUUGGAUUUUGAAGGAUAAAGAUGGUGGAUUCGGCCUGAGGCUAUUCUUCAACGACGAUUAAGUCCAUCCAGGGCCAACUUUGGCGGAUUUCUUUCGGGUCCAUUUUUGGAAGACUCCAAAGGGGUACCAUCACCGAUUUCGGACGAUUUUUCCGAAAUGCCAUUUUCUUUCUAUUUUGGAGGUUACAGAUCACUGAUUCGGCUCGAGACUCUUCUCCACUGAUAACAAAGUCUAUUGAUCCUAUUCUGCGCCGAUGAUUAAGUUAAUUAAGCAUCGAAUAUGGCCAAUAUAUUUUUGGAUGGCAUUUUCGUAAUUAUUUGAGCAAUUUUUUUUGAAAGGCCGUUUUCCUUGGAUUUUGAAAAAUAAAGAUGGUGGAUUCGGUCUGAGGCUAUUCUUCAACGACGAUUAAGUCCAUCCAGGGACAAUUUGGGCGGAUUUCUUCCGGGUCCAUUUUUGGCAGACUCCAAAGGGGUACCAUCACAAAUUUAGGGCGAUUUUUCCGAAAUGCCAUUUUCUUUCGAUUUUGGAGGCUACAUAUCACGAAUUCACCUCGAGGCUAUUCUCCACUGAUAAUAAAGUCUAUUGAUCCUAUUCUGCGCCGAUGAUAAAGUCAAUUAAGCACCGGAUUGGGCCAAUAUAUUUUGGGAUGGCAUUUUCGUAAAUAUUUGAGCAAUUGAAAGGCCAUUUUCCUUGGAUUUUGAAGGAUAAAGAUGGUGGAUUCGGCUUGAGGUUAUUCUUCAACGACGAUUAAGUCUAUCCAGGCCAAUUUGGGCGGAUUUGUUGCGGGUCCAUUUUUGGCAAACUCCAAAGGGGUACCAUCACAUAUUUCGGGCGAUUUUUCCGAAAUGCAAUUUUCUUUCGAUUUUGGAGGCUACAGAUCACGGAUUCGGCUCGAGGCUAUUCUCCACCGAUAAUAAAAUCUAUUGAUCCUAUUCUGCGCCGAUGAUUAAGUCAAUUAAGCACCGAAUUGGGCCAAUAUAUUUUGGGAUGGCAUUUUCGUAAUUAUUUGAGCAUUUUUUUUGAAAGGUCAUUUUUCUUGGAUUUUGAAGGAUAAAGAUGGUGGAUUCAA